AUGACCACCCAAAAAGAAACCCCCUACCUAACCGCCCUCCAACGCGACGGCUUCGUGGUCAUCUCCUCCCUCCUCACCCCCUCCGAAAUAACCUCCUUCCGGACCGCCGCAACAACCGCAACCCACAAGACCCGAACCGGCGAAUGGCCUCAUUUCCGCACCGUGCCGAAACAGUUUCCCCCGUGGCCCACGACCCCGCCGCCCGCCUCGGAGGGCGGCAUCUGGGGUGUCCAGCACCUGCUGCAUCCCGAGAUGCCUGGACGGAAGGAAUUUGCGCGGUUUUAUUUCUCGGAGAAGGUGUUGGCUGUUGCGGAGGAGUUGUUGGGAGUAUCGGCAUUGGCAUCGGCAUCGGGCCAGGUGGAAGGAAAGGAAAGGGAAGAAGAAGAAGAAGAACCGCUUGUGAUGGAACUAUUCAACCUGCUCGUCGCGCCGGAGACCAAGGACUUUGAACUCCGAUGGCAUCGCGACGAUAUCCCCGACACGGUGACCCCCGAGGAAGAGGAACGGUUACUCCAUGCAAAGAGCCCCGCGGGGAAGCAGUCGCAUGCACAAUACAAUCUAGCGCUGUGCGAGGACGCGUCCCUGAUUGUGGUGCCCGGGUCGCAUCGCCGGGUGCGUACGGAGGCGGAGCGCAAUGCGGCGCCGUAUGAGGGGAACAUGCCGGGGCAACUGGUGGUGGAGUUGAAGCCUGGCGAUGCGGUGUUUUAUGAUAGUAAUAUCUUGCAUCGCGGGGUGUAUCGCGCGAAGGCGGAGGGUGGGGAGGAGACGAGACUCACCCUGCAUGGGAGUGUGGGAUUGAAGGGCUCUGGGGGGGAUGAGGCGGAUAAGAAGGUGCGGGCGACGGCGGUGCUGCAGCAUGGGGUUGGGGCGUGGGUGCAUCGGGAUGAUGCGGCGUUUGGGAUUGGGGCGAGGGCGGAGAAGAUGAGGGCGAAUUUGGUGGCGAUGGGGACGGGUGAAGGAGUGGGAUAUUCCCUGCAGGGAUAG